UUUAAAGAAAGCUCUGGUUUUGUUUCAUUUUCAGCUGGAGACUUAAAUGACACCAAGCAAAGGCUACUUAGUUUAGAUUUCCAGAAACUGGAUGGUGAAAAACCAGCAUGAAGUUUGUAAGUUUGUUUUCACUUUUUCUGCUUAUAAUUUUGCAAACUGAUUUUGGAGAAAAUGAGGAAAAUCCUAGGAAGCAAAGGAAGAUGUAUAACAGAAGACUGAAGAAAAUUUCUUCCCCUGUGCACAGAUCCAGUAGACAGCUUAGAAUACAGCAAAUAAUGAUGGUGACGCCAACAGCAAAACUUCCCAUGGUUAACUUGGAUUAUAGCACAGAGAAGUUUGAAUCCUUUUUAAGUUUUCUUGGAGUAGAAUCAAGCUAUAAUGUACUACCAGGAAAGAAGGGACACUGUUUGGUAAAUGGAAUGAUCAUGUACAACAAAGCUGUAUGGUCUCCUGAGCUCUGCACUACCUGCCUCUGCUCAAAUGGAAGAGUGCUUUGUGAUAAAACUAUGUGCCAUCCUCAGAGGUGCCCCAAAACAAUUACACCUGAAGGAGAAUGCUGCCCAGUCUGCUCUGAUACUGAACAAAGAGAAACUACUAACUUACGCCAUAAGCAACGACCACCAUCUCAGGUGGAAAUGGAUCAAACAUUGAGAAAAGAGGAACUUCAAUUUGAGGAGUCUAAAGAAAUGAACGAAAAUGAACAUAGAAAGCAAAAGAUCCCUGGAACUGGAGAUGGGGAGAGACUUACCACUGAGGGGCAGAGCAGAGAAGGGGAAGAGCAGAGACUUGCAGAGGAUCGGAGGCAAGCUCAUCAUCAUGGAAGCACAGAAAGACAGGAGAAGGAGGAGAAGGAAGAGGAGGACUACAAGGAUGAGUAUGAGACCAUUACAGGAGAUGUUUUCAGGAUUCUGCCUCAACUCCCUGUCCCUGCUCCUCCCAGAGGCAUGCCUCCUCUGCCAAGUGGGUGCUCUCUGUCCUACAGGACCAUCAGCUGCAACAGUGCUGACCUCACACAGAUACCACCACUAACAGCACCAGAGAUAACAAGUCUAGAGCUCCCAGGCAAUUCCAUCAUCUCCAUUCCAGAUGAAGCAUUUAAUGGAUUACCAAAUUUGGAAAGGCUUGACUUGAGCAAAAAUAAUAUCACCUCUUCAGGCAUAGGUCCCAAAGCACUCAAGCUUCUGAAGAAGUUAAUGUACCUAAAUAUGGAUGGAAACAAUUUGGUAGAGAUUCCUUCAGAACUACCAUCUACAUUAGAAGAACUUAAAAUCAAUGAGAACAAUCUUCAGGCUAUUAAUGAAGAAAGUUUAUCAGAUUUAAAUCAAUUGGUUACCUUAGAACUGGAAGGAAAUGAUCUCAGUGAAACCAAUGUCGAUCCUUUAGCUUUCAAACCUUUGAAGAGCCUAUCUUACCUGCGUCUAGGAAGAAAUAAAUUUAGAAUUAUACCACAGGGUCUUCCUGCUUCUCUUGAGGAAUUAUACCUAGAAAAUAACCAAAUUGAAGAAAUAACUGAAAUUUGUUUCAAUCAUACCAGAAGUAUCAAUGUCAUUGUACUAUGUUAUAAUAAAAUUGAAGAAAACAGGAUUGCUCCUUUGGCCUGGAUAAACCAAGAAAAUCUAGAAUCAAUUGACCUUUCCUACAACAAGCUCUACCAGGUCCCCUCCUACCUCCCCAAGUCACUGCUGCACCUUGUGCUCUUGGGAAACAGGAUUGAGCGCAUCCCUGGCUACGUGUUUGGCCACAUGCAGCCAGGCCUGGAAUACCUGUAUCUAUCAUUCAACAAACUCUCUGAUGAUGGCGUGGACCGAGUCUCCUUCUACGGGGCUUAUCAUUCUCUGAGAGAGCUGUUUCUGGAUCACAAUGACUUAAAAUCUAUACCACCAGGGGUCCGGGAAAUGAAAGCACUACAUUUCUUGAGGAUGAACAACAACAAGAUACGGAAUAUUCUUCCAGAACAAAUUUGCAGUACUGAAGAAAACGAUGAUUCAACACUGGAAUAUCUUCAUCUUGAAAACAAUUAUAUUAAAACAGGAGAAAUAUCACCCUAUGCAUUUUCAUGCAUAAGAUCAUAUUCAAGUAUCAUUCUUAAGCCACAGAAUAUCAAGAUUUUCAAGUUACAACAUAAAGAAGAAAAAUAAUACAAGGAAGACUGUUAGAAUCAAGAAUCAAGGCUUAAACCAGAUGGCUAAAAACAGAAAAAGAUCUUAUGGAAAAGUUGAGAUUCAUAACAAUUUUCAGAAUGUAGGAGCAUCAGCUAACUUAAAUUGGCCAAGUUGAAUAUAAAAGGUAAAAAUAAGAUAUGGUUAUUCACUAAUUUAACAAGAAAUUUUGUGCAGUUUUUCUUUCUGUGUGAAUAUAAAUACAUAAACCUAAAUGAUUUUAAAAAAGGAUUUUUAACUGGUCUGCUGCAAAAAUUUUUAAAACAUGCAAUAACUGACUAGUCAUGGGUACUGACCUCUUUUUCCUUACACUGUCAAAUUUUUUAAAAAAUUACAAAAGCUAACACAACCACAGUCAUCACAUGUGAAUGAAUCAAAAUUAUACCUAUUUUUUGUCAGAUCAGCAAAAAAUAUUCUUUUGGUGUGCUGCAGAAUUUUAGUAAUUAGUGUUUUCCAUGAGAUGGAAAAGGUUGAAAACAGCAAGUUUCUGGCUAUCUAAACAGUAAACAAAAUCAGUGUUAGAGGGGACUCAAAAUGAAUAAAGUGAUUCAACAGAAUUAGCACCCUGGGACAACACACACAGAUACUGAAUCAUUCCUGUAUUCAUUUUUUAUUCUGACUUUAAUCAACUGUAUUCCAGAUGCUGUUCUAGGGAGAGA